CCCAGCCAAUCCUUCGCAGUUAAUACUCCAAUGUAAUAGCAUCCGUGCGAAUAGGAUGUGGGAGUAUUCACAGUGGGGUAAAAAAAAUUUGGGAAUCUUCGUCGUGGUACAGGAUCGAAUCAGACACAUUUAUACUUAGCAAGUCUGUCUUCGUUUGAGUGCAUUAUUAAUCGAAUCUUGUCACACGAUUCAAGAACAAUCAAACGACAUCAAGGCUUCUAUCGAUAACUUAGCAACUAUGGUGAAAUUGCACAACUUAUAGAACAGCUUAACAAGGGGCGAGUAACUGUAGAGGGAAAAUGAUGGCUGACUGCAUUUUGGACAUAGCUAAUAUUUUUCAUUCCACGACGGUCGAUCAUGACGGAAACUGUUUUGCUCGCACUGAGGCCACUACUGUUCUCAGAGAUGUUUCUGCUCGAGUUCAUGGUGGAGAAGUUCUGGCUGUUUUGGGAUCCAAGGGUUCGGGGAAGAGAGCGCUGCUCGAUGUGAUUGCCGGACGAGCUGGAGGUGAGACGAGAGGGCGGAUCUCGUUGAAUGGAAGUUUGCUCACACCCGAGUUAUUCAGACGCCACGGUGGAUAUGUGGCGCACAGAUGUCAUCUUCUGCCGGGCUUGACAGUGCGCCAAAGUUUACUGUACGCGACAUGGCUUGCGGGAUUGAGCAACAGAGAUGCCAGGGUUCGUCAGACCUUGGCAGACUUAGCUUUGUCCCAAGUUGCUAACAGAUCUGUCAGUGAUUUGACCAGGCCAGAAUAUCGGCGCCUAAUGUUGGGCGUACAGCUCGCCAAGGAUCCUGGCUUACUCUUGUUGGAUGAACCGACAUGGGACACGGAUCCUCUGAAUACCUAUUUAAUUGUCUCCAUGCUGUGGUCCUAUGCGACCAGAAGGGGCUCUAUAGUUGUCCUCACUAUGGAAACUCCAAGGUCUGACGUAUUACCUUUCGUCAGUCGAGUCGCGCUGCUCUGCUUGGGUGCUGUGGUCUAUUCAGGGCCAACCAGAAGCAUGCUAGACUAUUUUGCCUACAUUGGUUUUCCUUGUCCCGAAUUAGAGAAUCCUUUGAUGUAUUACUUGUGUCUAUCGACUGUGGAUCGUCGUUCAAGAGAUCGUUUUCUGGAGUCCAAUCAGCAAAUAUCAUUGCUUGUGGAAAAAUUCAAAAUCGAAGGAGUUCUGUACAUGAAGGAAGCUCCACAAGGCGGAGCGAGCUUGAAAGAUGCACCUUCGGGUGGACAGCACAAGGGCUUGGGUCGCGGCAUAAAGCCAGGAUGUUUCUCGACACUCUUAGCUCUGUAUUUGAGAGGAGUUGCAGCAACUUGCGCCUUCAAUAGAUGUGGCCUUGGACAUUUGACUGCAAGGAUUUUAUUGCUACCAUUUUGCAUUGCACUUUUGAGUAUCCUUUACGCAUAUUCCAGUCCAGUCCAGGCCAAAGUACUCUCUCAAACUGGAGGACUGAUUUUUAACAUGAUCAUUCUGUUUUACAUUGCUGGUACAGCGGUCACGGCACUCCUCUUUCCAGGUGUUAGAGCGAGGUAUUACCAAGAGAGAAGAGAAGGACUGUAUGGUGGUGCAAUGUUCUUGAGUGCUUACGCCUUGUUAAGUCUGCCACUGAGUUUUAUCUCUACACUCGCAGCUGUUGGAAUUCUGGUCCCGAUUCUUGAGCUGGAUGUAUCCUCAUGGGCAUACAUUUCUGGCAUACUUUGGGCCAGUUAUAUCGCAGCGGAGCAAGUUAUGAUUGCAAUAUUAAUGAUAGUCGGAAACCCUAUGAUGGGGGCAUUGGCUGUUGUUUAUGCGUUGUUAGUAUCAGUUGUAAUAGGCUCAGGCGGGGUUCGAAGUCUCAGGAACUUACCGGAUUGGUUAGCAGCUGUUUCAACAGCCUUGCCUUCUAGGUAUGCAUCGCUCGCACUGAAUCACCGAAUACUUAACGUUUCUACUUUUUCAAACUUGCCGUAUAAUGAAACUUUUCCUUGUCCCGGAGACCCAAACUUUUGUCGAUAUCCGGAUGGUAAAACGUAUUUGGUAGAACGCUUCACUCGGGAAGGUGAAAAUAUUUCGGAAGUAUUAAAUAUGGAUUUGAAUUUACUUGUAUCGCUAGCAUUUGCCUUUGGUCUUGUAAUACUAAACAGUGUUUUAUACUUGUUGCCUUUGCCUGCUAGUAUCAAAGCAAAGUUUAGGGAAUGACCAUUUCUUCACUAUGUAUAUGCAGUAUUCACGAAUUUCAAUGAACUGCACUUACAUUUAUUUUCAUGAUCUGUUAUUUUACAAUUUGUAUAUCUAUAUUUAUUAUACAAUCAUAUGGAUAGGUAUCAUUAUUAUUAGAUAUGUAAAAUUAAAAGAAAACCCAAACAUAUAUCGCAAAAUAUACUAUGUACACAUUAUGUUUUAGGGCAGUUUUUGCAAUUUAUACAAUCAGAUUACGUUUUAUGAUUGUUGAAACAAAUCUAGUACUAUGACAAAAUUGUAGUGCUAGUCAAUAGUUGGCAAUUUUUUCGUAAUAAAGAAUGCAAUUAAUCAAGAAAAAGAUAGUGAAUUCUGAGUCAUAUUUUUAUUCUUUUAUAUUUGACUCAACGCUGUGUAUUUGCCCUUGUUAAAAUAAAGUAUUACUGAAAAUGACUAAUGAA